AUGCUACCAGUCACAAAGUUUCUGAACGUGUGGCUCUGCAGUGUUGAAAUUUCAACUGGACUCUCUCAAAAGACUGAUUUAUCAACAAACCCAUUCAUAAACUCGCCAUUCAUGCAGAACAAAGUCUCCUCACAAUGCCCUUCAGUAACGGUGGAUGUUGGUGGAAGAUCCUGUGCCACAGAUGCGGAUUGUCCAGCAGAACAGCGUUGUUGCAGUCCAGUGAUCGCAUCACUGGCAGUGAAUCCCCAGCGAUGCACAUGCCCAGAUCCGAACGCUGUUUGGUCGGCGUGUGGUAGUCUUUGUCCGGAAUACUGUGGGCAGCCAGGGGUCCCACACUGCUCAUCGACUUGCAAUGCCGGUUGUCACUGUGCUCCGGGCUAUGUGAAAAGCAGAAACGACGUGACGGCUCCAUGUGUCCCAAGAGCGCAGUGCCAGAACUUCACAGUUUGUGAGUUUUUUUUUUUGGUUUUCAUGAUGCGACAUUGUGGUCUAACCCGACACACAACUGCGCUUAGUUAUCUAGCAACCCUGUGCUUAUAA